AUGUUGAAGAUGAAAGAAAAAUUAUGUGGUCACUAUCUCUGUGAGUUUUCUUCCGAGGAAUAUGAAGUUGCUGAAGCACUUAUUUUACUGCAAAAACAAGUCCAAAAAGUGAAUGAGAAAAAGUUGAAAAUAACUUUUGGUGGCAAACCAAUUUAUGAAAGAAACAACAUCAACAAUGUUCAACCAAUGCUACCGAUCAAUAUCCCUAAUGUUGAAUACAAUCCUCCCGAUAUACCGAAUAUUCACGGUGUACCGAACAAUAGGAUUCUUGUAUGUUGCAAACCAUUCGAGAAAAAAUUAACAUCUAGUGAUUUAGACGUAAGCCAAAAUAGAUUACUUUUGAAGAAAAAUCAUGUUAAAACAUAUUUUCUACCUUUGUUGAAAAGAGAGGAAGAAGUUGACAAAGGAAUAAAUGUCGUUGUAUUUGACACGCAAGGAAAAACAUUUAACACGAUGUUCAAAUUCUGGAGUGAUAAAUAUUAUGUCUUCAAUGGAGUUGGAUGGCAGAAAUUCUUCAAAGAACAUGAUUUAAAAGCGGAUCAAGAUUUUAUUACGGUGUGGAUGUUUCGUCAUUCUGAAAUCAAUAAUUUAUGUUUUGCUGUUAGUUUAAGAAGAGUGGAAGCUUAA